UUAUAGCCGUGCAUGACCAGAAAAUUUCCACAAGAAUCCAAACAGACCGUGAUCAAUCGUCUCAGCUCCCAUCCCAUCCAUCCUAUAUACGGCCAUCCAUCCACAGUAUCCAGGCAGCCAUUCCCCUUUGCUUGAUUCCAUCUGUUCGUCUUCAAGCCAAUCAAGGCCAGGCCAAAGACAAAGACAAAGCCAAAGCCAAGCCGCCGCCAUUGAUCUGCUCGAUAACAAGAGUAUACAACAGGUUGCAUUGGAAGAACUUAAUCUACAGGCAAAGCAUAUAUGGAAACCAGCUAUGAGCCCAAGAACAUCCUCAUCACCGGCGCGGCGGGUUUCAUCGGGUCUCACGUGGCGAACCGCCUCGUCAGAAGCUAUCCUCACUACAACGUCCUCGUCCUCGACAAGAUGGACUACUGCUCAAGCCUCAAGAACCUCGACCCUUCUCGGGGUUCGCCGAAUUUCAAGUUCGUCGAGGGCGACAUCGCAAGCCCCGGCCUGGUUCGCCGCCUCCUCGUGGACAACUCCAUCGACACUGUCAUGCACUUUGCCGCGCAGACCCACGUCGACAGCUCCUUCGGCGACGGCUCCUUGGAGUUCACCAAGAACAAUGUGCACUGCACCCAUGUCCUCCUGGAGGCCUGCAAGCAGGUUAAGAUCAAAAGGUUCAUCCAUGUGAGCACCGAUGAGGUGUAUGGGGAGUCCGAAGCCGAUGCCGUGGCCGGCAAACGUGAGGACUCGAGGCUGCUUCCGACAAACCCUUAUUCGGCUUCGAAAGCCGGUGCCGAGAUGCUGGUCAUGGCUUACGGGGCCUCCUACGGUCUCCCGGUCAUCACGACACGAGGCAACAAUGUGUAUGGGCCACACCAGUUCCCCGAGAAGCUCAUCCCCAAGUUUGUUCUUCUUGCCAUGAGAGGCUUGCCUCUCCCGGUGUACGGCAAUGGCAUGAACGCCAGGAGCUACCUUUACUGUGACGAUGUCGCUGAUGCCUUCGAUGUGGUUCUUCACAAAGGAGAGGCUGGACAAGUGUACAACAUCGGCGCGGCAAAAGAGAGGAAGGCGAUCGAGGUCGCCAGGGACAUAUGCGAGAUCCUUGGGGUGGAUGCUAGGAAAGCUGUUAGCUUUGUUGAGGACAGGCCUUUCCAUGAUCAGAGGUACUUUGUGGACAGUGAGAAGCUGAAGAAGCUGGGGUGGUCGGAGCGCACGCCGUGGGAAGAGGGGUUGAGGAAGACUGUGGCAUGGUACGCCAGCAAUCUUGGUCAUUGGGGCGAUGUUGGCGAUGCGCUGCGAGGGCAUCACCGUGACUGGAUGUCGCCCUCGUCGUCGAUGCAAUCGCCGAAGGAAGAUGAAGCAAAGGAAUGUAGGAGCUAGCGAAGAGAAGAGAAGCCACGGCGAGCUGAAUUCUUCCAAGUGAGUGAUGAGUUGAGUUCAAGUAGUAUGUGUUUGAGCUGCUUAAGGUCCUUAGUGCCAACUAAUUGCAUACUUUUGGAAAGUGCAAUUGAGGUCAAUAAUUACGAUUAGAUGGUGGUGAAUUCAAUCUAUAUUCAUGCCUCUUGUUCCGAGAAAAGGCAAGCAAGAUCUUAUAUAGAUUCCUUCAUUCAUAUGUGGAAGCAAGCAAAGGCAAGUCUUAUAUAGAUUCUUCCAACAUA